AACAAAUCUGUUAACAUGUUUGUCUCAAUUUAAAUUGUCAGUUAAUUUUCAUUUAAUUUACUAAUUGUUUCGAUAAAUUGUUUUGUUUACUUUAUAAUUUUGAGUUUAAUUAAGUCUUUAUUCUCAUGGCUCAAUCUAGAUUACACAAAUUUGCUUCUAUUGUUAAUCGUGUUGAAGGUUUCCUUAGAUCGGGAGCAAUUAAACUGGAAGAUAAACCGAUUUGGUUUGAUGUCUAUAAACGUUUUCCACCGGUAAAGGAUCCGGUUUAUUUACAACCUUUACCAGAAGUUAAAGUUAAACCAAUAUUUUAUCACGAAGAUAAAAUUAGAGCGGAAUUUUAUCAAGUUUUUGGUUCUCCUGGUGUGAUUGAUUUGACUGAUUCAUCGAAAAUUCCUCUUAGCGAAUUAUUCAUUGAGAAAUAUAUUGAAAUCGCCAAAAUGACCGAGACCGAUGUUGACGAUGUUACGCUUUUUAAUUUAGCUGCUAAUCGUCUGCGAGAAGCAGGUUAUAAAUUAAGAAAAUAUUCUGGUUCCGAUGAUGUGAGUUUACCGGAUGUUGAUCUUAAUGCUAGAUCGAAACAUCGAAAAAUGGAAAAGUCAAAGGAGCAUUUUGAUGUUAGAGGUUUAAUUGGAGAUGAUUAAUGAAAAUCAAAUGUGACUAUAGUUUUUUUUCGAAAAUGAUAUUGAUAAAAAAUAAAUGACAGUUUGAUAAAAAAAAUGUAGAAUGAAAGAGUAAAAGAUGUUUCGAUGGUUAAUGAUGAAAUUUGAUUAAAAAUUUGUACAUAAUAGUUAAAAUUUGAUGAAUGAUGAAAUAUUUACUCAUGGACGAUCAAUAGUCUAACCAAUGUAGAGACUUUAAACCGCUUCUAAGAAGUCAUAGCUUGGAACCUUCACCAGAGGAUAUUCAAUACCUUCCAAUUAAACGACUGAACUCAGACUCGAA